AUGUCAGAUGAGCAUAUCGCUCAUCAGACAGCUUCCGGCUUCAAUAGACUCGAGAAUUUCAACUUCCUUCUUUCUCGACACAAUCCGGCGGUGGCCAAAGCUCGCCAUUACUCUUUCGACGCAGAUUCGGCAGCUUUGGCACCGAUUCAGAAUCUGAGCAUGGAUUAUGAUCAAACUGAAGGAAUGGGCGGUCUAUCCGUCAGUUCCUACGACAGUAUCGAGGAUGAACGCGGCCCCAUCGAUGUGAGAGGUUAUCCAUAUCAUGCAGCACCAGGGGACAAGACCAUCAACUAUUCUCUCCCCGACCAAAUGCUGUCCUAUUCGGCUCACCCGAUCUACCCUCCCAUCUCCUACGGCCCUCCGGAUGAUCUGGGGCAUGCUCCGGGGGCUCUGACCCCGUCGGACGUGUCGUCAUCAAUAUCACCUCCCAACGGGCAGAUCGGUAACACGAAAUACAGCACGUCCAUCCCGGGCGAUCACAUCGCUUCCGCCCUGAACCGGGAAGAGCACGUCAAUCGAGCUGCCGAGGAAGACCGACGACGACGGAACACGGCGGCCAGCGCGCGGUUCCGCAUGAAGAAGAAACAACGCGAGCAGACGCUGGAGCGCACAGUGCGCGAAACAACGGAGAAGAACGCCACGCUUGAGGCCCGCGUCGCCCAGCUCGAGAUGGAAAACCGCUGGCUGAAGAAUCUUCUAACUGAGAAACAUGAGGCCGCGACAGGUCGAAUGGCACCUCCUGACAGCCCGGCGUCGAAUCAUAAAAGCAACGGGCAAAAACAUAUCCAGCCAAAAAAGAAGGGCGUGGGGACGGACAAUUAG